AUGGGAAAAAUUGGUGUCUUUCCGGCUGCUGGUGCCCUUGGCUCAUGUAUCUAUCGACAUCUCCUACAGCUCGUAGACGCCAAAGAAGUCGUACUGGUAUCACGUUAUCCAGAAAAGACGCCUUCGCAGUAUGUUCAAGCCGGUGUCACUAGACGGACCGCGGACUAUGAUAAGUUGGGAACUUUGGGCAAUGCGUUCGACGAUGUCUCGCAUCUAAUCCUGAUCUCAUAUCCGGGCCUUGAGAUUGAGUCCCGUAACAAGGUGCAUAGAGACGCCGUCGAUGCUGCUAUUCAGUCUGGUGUGAGCAACGUUUUCUACACGUCCUUCGCACUCGGUGGCGAGAGCUCCACCACUUCUGUAUCCGACUGUAUGGCAUCGCAUUUGACAACGGAGGCAUACUUCAAGUCUCUCCCAGCAGUCCCGAACGGGAAGAAUGAUUUUUUCUGGACAUCGAUUCGGGUUGCUCUCUAUUCUGAGUCCUAUUACCUUUACACAGCAUUCCUAAAUCUGAAGAAUCCGGGGGACGUUAUUAGAAUACCACACGAUGGAUCUGGUCCAGGUAUUCCAUGGGCCAAGACCGACGAGCUUGGCGAAGCCAUAGCCACAGUCGUCCACAGACACUGGGCCGGUGAUGCAGAUAUCGUCUCCGAAUACAAUGAUCAAGUUGUCCUACUGACUGGGCCAAAAGCGUACAGCCUGUCCGAAUCGAUCAACAUCAUCGGGGCCGCGCUAAAUACGGCGAUUACCAUCGAAGAGAUCGAUAUCGAAAAAUAUGUGGACGAUCCUAUCGUCCAAACCUGUCUUGCACCUUACGCGGCGAAAGACGCACCUAGGAAAUGGGCGAGCACUUUUGAGGCUAUCAAACGUGGUGAGGCCGCUGAGACAUCUACGCGGCUUGAGAAGAUCUUGGGAAGGCAGCCGGAAGACUAUGAGACGACGAUAAAGAAUUUAGUACGAGGAGCUCGGGGUGAUGACCCGCCGGAAGGAUAUGAAUGCAAAGGCGAUAUUCCUGCUCUAGGUAUCCACUAUGCGGUCGAGUUCGACGCUUAUACUACAAAUCACAUCUCCAAACGUCAAAUGAAUCUCGCAAUUAACGAGGUUGAGGGCAAUUGGAAUGCCCAUGUGCUAGCAGCCGGGUUACAUCAGCAGGACCCACUCCCUGGACCCAACCGACAGUGGGACCACACGACCCAGCGACCUCCAUUGAGGUUUGAGAUGCAUGAGGAGCAAUACGCGGAACAGACGAUGAAAGUUUGGAUGGUUACGGAGUCAUUGGAAUGUAUCCGAGAAUUUGUGGGGCUCUGGGACCAGAACGUCCCUGGGUUCGAUCUGGCCAUUGAAACGUAUCAUGAAGCGGGAGUUUACUUUCACGAGGCAGAUGGCAACGUCACGUUGCUAGACUUGCCGGUAGUACUCGUGGAGUGA